CUUCCGGACGGUUCCGGUGCAACUCUCGGGACAGCUGCCCUGGUCCACAGCCCGUCUCGCCCCCGCCAGCGAGUCCUCCGUCGUCCCGGGCGCAGUGAUGCUCCCGGGAAUCAUCCUGUUCCUCGCGGUGCUGGGACGGAGCUGUCCGGGGAGUCUGUCCCCCGCGCAGGGAGCACUGGCGGAGGAGCAGGCCUGCGCAUCGCAUCUCGGAGGCCGGGAGAACGUGCUGCUGAUGCCGUUCCCUCACAGGGCUGGAGCGAUAGCACAGCGGUUGGGCGUUCGCCUUUCACGCGGCCGGUGUUCGAUUCCUCCGCCCCUCUCGGAGAGCCCGGCAAGCUACCUGAGAGUACGGAGCCCGCGCGGCAGAGCCUGGCAAGCUACCAGCCUCCAGAGCUCCUGGUGCGGAGGGUCCCGGCCAGGAGCCCCGUCUCGCCCUUUCCCGGAGUCUGAGGACGCGGCGGCCAGCGACGCCCCUGAAUCACGACAUCGGUCAGCAUCCGGGGCCUGGAGCUGCCGUCCACUCACCAGGGCUGCUUCCCGGGAGCACCGCGCAGGGUCCUGCAGGGAGCAGCCACACCCGCGAGGAAUCCCACGGCCACGGGGGCCCUUCCCCGCCCACCUGCUGACGUCGCACCCAGCUUCCUCGCGCCCCCCCGGCCUGUGGGACCCCCGGGAGGGGCCCGGCCCGAUGGGGCAGGCGGCGGCAGGCCUGGCCCAGGCGCCCUGCGGGGUCGCGGGGCCGCUGCCUCGCGCAGUGUCCACCUCCGGCCGGCUGUGCGGUGCAGGCCCCGCCAGGGUGUGUCUGAAGGAGCUGGUUGGCGGCGGGCGCCGGGUGCAGGCCCUGGACAGCGGGAGAGAAGGUUCUGGAGUGUGGGGCGGGGCCGGCAGCUCGUGA